AUGGGCAAUGCAAUAAUCAGUCUUUGCUUCCGCCCCGAAUGUUCUGCCUCCGCCGCCGUGAAGAUCAUAUUAUAUGGCGGUGCCACCAGGAUCCUCACCGGGAAGCACCUCGCGGGAGAGAUCAUGUUCCAGUUCCCUGACCACAUGGUUUGCCACGCGGACUCCUUCUUCAUCGGGCACCCCGUCCCUUCACUCGCCAUCGACGACGAGCUCGUCCAUGGUAAAACCUACUUCCUUCUUCCCCUCGACUGCUUCACGAGCACCGUCCUCUCCGCUUCGUCCCUAGCGUCGCUGGGGUCCGGCGGCCCGAACAACAACAAACGGGGCGGCCCGGUUAGCUUCAAGGAGUGCCCGUUUGAGUACUUGCGGGGCUCCGACGGAAGGGUUGUCAUCAGGAUUGUGCCGGAGUUCAUCACGAGGUUGAUCAGCAGACAUGAUGACCAUGAUGACGAUGAUGAUAACAAGGAGAAUAUAAUUAGCGACGGAUGUGGAAACGGUGGCAACAGGUUCUUGUGCAGCACGCCGGAGCUGCAGAAGCAUUACAAUCAGCUGGUGGGGUGUAGAGAUCAGAAUUGGUCGCCAAAGCUUGAGACGAUUUCAGAGUACAAAAUCAGGUUUUCGCCCUGCAGGUUUAUAGGCUUGGAGUGGAAGCAGAAGGAGGCUGAAGGUUAA